AUGCGCAAAUCCAUCACCACCCUCCUUCUCUCUUUGGCAGUUGCCAGCUCAGCCCAGGAAGAGAUUCCCGGACUCACUGACGUUAAAGAUUCGGAGUGUCAAUUCAGUUCGCCUCUUGUCGAUGAGCUACGAGCGGUGCCGACAGCUACGGAAUUCUGUUCGUCGCUCCUGGCCAUCCCUACCGUCACCGUCACUUCGAGCGCAAUAAGCACAUCAACUGUCAUUUCAACCACAGACACCCUUGAGACAAUUACACUCACGGAAUCUUUCACAAACACCGACGAAACUACAAUUACCGGCACUACAACCUUGACAGCCGAUGCAGUCUUAGUAACUGUUAUCACGACUACCGAAGUACAGAUAUGCCCAGCGACGGCAACGAUAGUAACAGUGACAGCCGAAGCACCCAUCAAACGUGAUCAUAUGCAGACGCUCAUUUCCACCAGCACAUCAUGCACUAAGAGCAAGAAGUCUUCGACUACUGCGACUUCUUCAUCAACAUCCACGAAAUGCUCGAGCACAGCGAACUACCCGGUCACGAAGCCCUCUAGUACGGUAGAGAUCAUCUCGUCGCAAACGCUGAGUACAGUGCAAGCAUCGCAUCUGGCUUACUCAAGUGCAUCACAAGCGUCGUACGCGUACUCGAGUGUAAUGGAGCCGGCUUACUCUUCUCUCUCUCGCAUCGUGGAGUCAUCCGUCGCAGCUACUUCAAUCACAAUGGAGAUAUCCUCCACAAUCGCUCCCGGCUCUGUGGACUUCACUUCGACAGCAUCUUCCAGCACCAUAGAACCAUCAUCCGUCGCACCUUCCAGCACCGCAGAGCUAUCUUCAUCGGCACUCACCAGCACCACAAAGCCUGCUUCCAUCGAACCAUCAUCCACACCCGAACCCGUCCUCCCAGCCCCAGCGCUCUGCCCAACCGCCCCAGAAGGUCUCCAGCAAUACGAAUGCGCCCAAAUCACCAAAGCCUGCGAAUGCAUCUCCCUCACAACCCCUACCAUCACUGUAGUCAUCAGCAGCACCGCCACAGAAACUAGUAUCUCGACUUCUACCGCCUUCACUGAGACCGUCGUCACUCGACCCAGGAAAUCGCUGCAACGGAAACUAUGA